UUUCACACCCUGAUCUCAUUAACACUGACCGAAGAAGAAGAGCAGGAGGAGGACCGAUAAAGCGGUCAGCUUAUCCUGGGACUCACACCGACCACACCCUGUUUGGAUAUGAUCACUGGGAUUUGCUUCAAUUUAGUUUUACUGCCGUAGAUUAAGAGAGGAGCUGGAACUCCUGUGUUUGUGUUCACGGGCAGACAGACACGCAGACAGUCAGACAGACAGGUACCUGGCUGCAGGGUCCAAAUGGGGAACAGUGCAUUGAAGUCUCACCUGGAAACGUCCCAGAAGACUGGGGUGUUCCAGCUGACAGCAAAGGGACUGCAGGAGUUUCCAGAGGAGCUGCAGAGACUCACCGCUAACCUGCGGACGGUCGAUCUGUCGGGGAACAAGAUUGAGGUUCUUCCUGCCGCCGUGGGAAAUUUCCUGCUGCUCAAGAGUCUGACGAUGAACUCCAACAGACUCACCAGUCUCCCCAGUGAGAUUGGGAAGCUGAAGAAGCUGGAGACUCUGAGUCUCAGUGGGAACCGGAUCGUUCAGCUGCCCUCCACUCUGGGCCAGCUCAAAGCUCUGCGGACCCUCAACCUGUCCGGGAACCAGUUCUUAGAGUUCCCCCCCGGCCUGGGAACCCUGAGGCACCUGGACCUGCUGGACCUGUCCCGCAACCAGAUCAGGAACGUCCCCGCCGCCGUGUCAGAGCUGCAGACCAUCGAGAUCAACCUUAACCAGAACCAGAUCUCGGUGCUGUCGGCGGAGGUGUCUCAGUGUCCCCGUCUGAAGGUCCUCCGUCUGGAGGAGAACUGCCUGGAGCUUUCCUCCAUCCCUGAGUCCAUCCUGGGAGACUCCCAUGUGUCUCUGUUCUCAGUGGAGGGAAAUCUGUUCGAGGUGAAGAACCUCAGAGACCUGGUGGGCUACAACAAGUACAUGGAGCGUUUCACAGCCACCAAGAUGAAGUUCGCCUGAAGAAGCUAGAUGACAAGUCCGAACCUCAGAGCUCCACCUGGUGGCGGAGUCAGCCGAGACACCGCCACCACCGCUGCUUAUUCUUCUGCUGCUAAACAACCACAGCGUCCCCCCCGCAGAGACAGACAGGACGGUCUCUGAGAGCUUCACAUGGGAACAGACGACAUGAAGAAACGGAUUUAACACACGAGAAGAAGAAGAUGUUGGUGAUGGUAAACCUUCACUGUGCUUCCAGUCGACAGCAGAGACCCAGGGACGCGUUCACGUUAACACAACACUGAUGUUUAAUGAUGCUCACUCGUGUCUGUCUCUUUAAAUUAUAGUUUUCUUUAAUGUCAAACUGAAACAUUUCCUCCAGCUUCUCAAUAAUUUAAUAACCUGAGUUGGUUCAAACAGCACGAGUUUGAGAAGACGAAGAAACAAGAGUUUAAGAUGUCCGAUGAAUGUACAAAUGCUGUUUGUCUAAUUUUAGGGGGAAAGAUCCUUUUCAGUUUAUCACUGGUAAAUCUGUGGAGCCUGUUUCCACCAGGGAAAGACCAAAAAUAAAAGAUAAAUUAAAACUCAAACUAUUAAUUAAACAAUUUGAAGUCAUAUUUAUGCAAAAAUACUACAAAACUCUGCUGGUUUUGGGCUGUUGGACGAACUUGAUGUCAAUUUCGAGUGUUAAACUAAAAUAAUAAUCAAGAAUUAGCAGAUGAAAAUAUUUGAUAAUUGAAAAUGAUUAAAAUCGAGAGAUGGGGAAACAAACAACACUAAAAUAUAAAAUAUCAUUAGAUUCACUAAGUAUUAUGAUAUAGUAUAUUUUUUGAAAAUCUAUUGAGAAAUUAUUUAUGAAUAAAAUCAGCAGACAGGAACUUCUGUUCUAAAUUACACAUUUUCAUGUAAAAGUAAAUAUUUCAAAUGAAUAAUUUUACUUAUUUCAGGACAUUUUUAUUUCAUAUUUCCACAUUUAUUUAUUUCAGGAUUAAUUUCAUUGUCAUAUUUAUUUAUUUGUUUAAUAUUGACUUAUGAAGAACAGAUCUGUGAAGAAAUCAGAAUGAAAAGACAAAGUUAACAUUAAAAUAAACAUUUAAAUGACAGAGCUUAGUGUUUAUUAAACAUGUUUACAUGAUAAAUCAGAUUCACACUGUCUGAAUUUAUUUCAUAUGAUUAAUAAUAAUAUUAAUAAAAGCUUUUAUUCUUGUUUCUCAAACGAAGUGUUUUUACAAUUAUUUUGUAAACGUUUUACAAUUUAGUGUUUUAAGAUUUCUGUGCGAUUAACUCAAGGUUAAAUUGACCCAAUAAAUCUCACGGGUGUAUGAUACAAUAUUAAAACAUUCUGUUAAAACUAUUUUAAAGUAAGAGUGUAGGAAUGCAUUUUUAUUUUUCUCCACUUUAUUUUUAUUCUCCUGAUGGAAAUAAGCUCCUAUAAAAACAUUUUAGGAUCUGAAUAUUUACUUAAAUAUUAACUAAAACUACACGCAGAUGUACAAACAUGUUAUAGGAAUAGCUCACUUCCCCCUGCUGGUAUUUAAACAUUGUGUAUUAAUAAACCUUUAACACUUUAAUGUUUCAGACGUCGGGGUUUGAAAUGAUGGUUUCAGCCGAUGUGAUUGUUUCUGAUCUGAGCUCAGUUUGUUCUUCUGAAACCUUUAACGUAGUGAAUAAUGAACAGACUUCUGUCAGAUUAUUGAAGGACAUUGUUUUUAGAUAAUUUCACAUUAACAAACAUUUAACUUAUUAGUUUUAUUUAACAUGUGUUCCUGUCUUUGAUAUUAAACACUAACUCACAUACUUCCUGUCAGCUGCAUGUUUUAAGGACAGUUCCAGUUUAACUCUUGUGCCUCAUGAAUAUUUCUAUCUUUUACAUUUUUAAAUCUUUAUGGGUGUGUUAAUGCAUAUGGCAACAUGCAAGGAUGUAACUUUCUUUUGUUUUUUCAAGAAGUUAUACCUUUAAUAAGUCUAUAAUAAAAGUGUGGAGCCAAAAUACAGACACUCAGACCCUUAAGGACCCAAACGUCCUCUUUGAACUCCAUUAAAACCACGCGUCAUGCUUUUUACUAUAUCAGGCUUUCAAUCUAGAGCCCUGGCUUCAAACUUGUAGUUUUUAUUAUUUUCCUCCUGAUUGAGCCAUUUCCUCACGUUUGCCCUUCGGGGAAAUACAUGCUUUUUUCCUGGUUUCCUGCACAAACAAUAAAAAAUGCAUCAAAAUAAAAGUCCCCCUAGAAAUUAGUACACAGGAAAUAAUUCAAUUUUUGUGUUUUUAUUCUUCAUAAAAACUAACAGUGGCAUUAUGUUAACACACUGGCAUUUAAAGGGUUAAAAUUCUAAUAAUUAAUGAAUAUUUGGGAUUUAUGAUCAAGACUUGAUGUUGGGUAAAAGAUUUAACUUAUUAAUUAAUAAUAAGAAAAUAUUAAUUAUCAUUUUGUGGGAGUUUUUUGAUGCAGACAUCGCGGCAAUGUUUUUAAAGUGAGGCACAAGGGUUACAUUUGCAGUGUUGUGUUUUCUCUAAAUCUGCAUUCUUGUAUUGAAAGCAUGCACGAAAGCUUGUACUAUAAUUAAAGAUAUUUUUUACAUCUGUUGAAAGCA